GACUAUUCAGCUCAAAGUCGACUGAUCACGCGCAUUUUGAUCGUGCGCAACAUUUCCACUUUAGACUCUUAUCAAUUGACAAUCUUGGUGAGUAUCAUAUUCAAAUAAUUUUUUUUUUUUUUUUUUUUUUUUUGCUUAGUGUUCAAUUUUGGAAUUUGAAACCUCAUUGUCCACAGAAUACAAUUUACUUUCAUAGUUUAAAUGAUAUUAUAUUGUUUUAAAGGAAAGUUGACUCGAUUCUUUCGACAUGGUUUUAUAUGUGAAUGAACGCACUAUUUUUCAUUUCCAUGUUAGGUUAUAUUGUUUCAUUUAUAGAUUCUAACAAUUUAAAAUUUACUAUUAUGUUAAAAUUGAACAUAUUGCUUUAGUAAAACAAAAACGGACCAUCCCGUGGAACGUACGGGUUUCAGCCUAGUAGUUGAUUAACAUGGAAACAUAUUUUAUGUUCUAAAAUAAUCUCUCUCCCCUAGUUUAUAAAUGGUAUGACUACAAGUUAAAUCAUUGAAAAUAUUCAUUGAUAAAAACAAGUCAAACCAUUUGCAGUUGCUGAAUGGACACAAGACGUGCUGUACGCGGCAAGUAAUCAAUCGGUCAUUAUAUAAUCCGAAAUGAGGAGGGGAAAAGAUCAUCCAAUUCACAAACCAGCAUCUUUGAUAUGAAUCCAAUAAUGGCUGAGAAGGAGGCUGACACAUCCAAGCUCUGCCAACCUGCAAAUCAAGAAAGCCAGCGGGAAAAGAGAAUCGAAAUCAAAAUGCUUUCCAUUCGAGAUAAACUGGAGCAAAUCUUGAAGGACCGAGACAGCAUCCGCUGGAAGCUGGAAGGCUUGAAGGAGAGUGAUAGGGGGUUCAGAUUUGGUGUCAUCGACAGGAAGAAAAAGUUGGAUCUACUGCAGCAAUCUCUGGACAAGCUGAGUUUCGCGAAUCGGGCUUACCAAGAUAGAAGAAGCAUUAGAUCAACCACAAUGGAAAAAGAAACCCAUUACCAUAAAACAGCUGCUGAAUUUCAGAAUGCAACAUGGAAGGAAGAGCUUGGCUGCAGAGAGAAGACUCUUGAGAGAGACCAAGGAAUGCCGGAAACACGGUUCUUCUACUGCUAGUUGUUCAUGGGGAUCAUUUGUAGGACUUAAUACUGCAGUAAAGGGCAAGAACGAGAUUCGAAGUCAAAUCCAAGUGAGGAUUGCUCUGUCUGUCCCCUGCCCUGAGAAGAUCAAAGCUGUAAUUAUUUAUCUCCAUGUUUCUUUCUUUCUCAUCAUUUCGUUUUCUGGGUCUUUCAGGCGAUACAAGGAGAAUCAGAACAAGCGAGGAAGGAACACGUGGAAGUGAAGAGUAAGAUUCAGCGUUUGUUGAAAGAGCUUCAGCGGGUCGAAUUGGAGUUGGGCUGUCUGCAGAAGCGAUUGCUGGAGCUAUGCUGCGGAGGACGGGAAGAAGAAGAAGAAGAAGAAGAAGAAGAAGGAUUCCAGGUUUAUCCAUCUUCCCGUGCUAUACUCUAUAUGAGAGUAUUGGAGGUACUAAACCAACGCACAUAUAGAGCUAAAAGAAAUUCAAGAGAAAUUAUACACUGAUAAACAAAAAAUGCUGUU